AUGGAAGAAGAAGACUGGUUACGAUUUGGGUCCGAUUGGGGGCCCGGGACAUCAGACGACAGUUUCAUAAAUGACCUCAACAUUCCGUUGCGGGAUUCGCCGCCGCCGGUGCAGUAUGUCACUGAUAUGCAACCCCACACUUCGGCAAUGGCCACAAUGGAUCUGGGAUUUGACGACGGGUUCAACAAUGUGUACGACGAGUUGGAAAACAACACGUACCAAGUCCAAAUGACGGCCGUCACCACGCAGCAAUCCACCUCUUAUGCAGAAAUGCAACCGAUACAGGCGACGUCUUCUCACAACUAUCAAGAGCCGGUGCAACAAAUGUAUGUGGAAGCGCAUGGGACGCAAGAAACUAGCUACUAUCAGUAUGAGCAAGUGCCCGUCACGCAGCCGCCACAGCAAAUACAUCAGAUGCAGCCCCAGACGAGCGGCCAUAUGCAACAAAUGAUGACGUCGUCUGACUAUAUGCAGGUGGAGCCGUCGACAUCGCAAAUUGUGGACCCCGUAGUGCUGCCCCAGCAGUCCAACACGCCACAGCCAGCGAAGCCCAAGUCGAAUCGAAGCUCGCAGCAAAAUCGGUCGAGUGCGCAGAGAAAGGGCAAAGCUGCUGCUGCAGCGACCAGUAAUCAAGCGCCGCGACAACAGCCCAAGAACCCAGACAAUUCCCAGCAAACCGUCUGUCUCAGCCAAGAGGAAACACAGUUGAUGUCCCAAAUUAUGCGAGAGCUUCAAGAAAUCGCAACGCAAUUGGCGGCAACGGAAGACGAGGAUAUCAAGAGCAACUUGGUGCAGAAGAGGAAGGAGCUAGAGGAGACUCAACAGCGCAUCCUUCUGUCACAGUUGAUGAAGCAGAACGCCUCGCUGGCCGCUCAAAUCUCGGCACCAGCUAUGCAGCAACAGGCCCCGGUUGUACAACAACCACCUCCUCCACGGCCUCGUCCAGCACCCCCCGCCAGGCCGCCGGUGCCCAAGAACAACGGUCCGGCCCAGCUGAAGGUGCUCCAAAGGCAGGGCUCGGGCACGACCCUGGCCCCGAAACGCUCCCAACCCAAGAAGCCACCUCAACAACCCGUCGAGCCCCAGCCCAAGACCAUCCAGGUCAUCCAACAACCCGACGGCAGCCUGGUCUGCGUCGAAACGGGCCAAGUGCUGAGGGCCAGUAUCGAGCCAAUGACCAAACAGCCACCGGCCACCAUCACCCCGCCGCCCGAGGCCGUCGCCGGUCACACCGAUGGCCCACCGCUGCUACACCCCGAAACCGAGGCCGCCCAUGCAUCUACCUCGGCCAUCACCAUGCUCUCCUCGACGGCCAACGACGGAUAUUGUGAAGUGAAGCCUGUAACAACCACCCACAUCCAGCAGCAACCUCAGCAAAAUGUGCAAAUCACGACGGCACCCCUGCAACGGCGUCCGAUGCAAAAGCAGCAACCCCCUCAACAGCAGCAGCAACAACAACAGCAACCAACCGUCGUCUACGUGCAGACCGGGCAGGGCCAGGCGGCGGUCGUCACCCAGCAUCAGUACAUCCAACAACCGCCCCCACAACCCCUCCAUCACCAGCAGCCUGCCCCCACCCAGAUCGUCACCAAUCAGGUCAUCAAUUCGCGGAAUAGCAUUUCCACCGAAACGAUGAAAAUUGUCGCCGGCCAGCUGAUCUCGCAAAAUCCGGGGGUGGAGCCAACGGUGAAAGAUGUAGUACGCGUGGCCUCCGGACAGCAGACUGGCCGCUACACACUACCGGCGCAGAACAAUAGAAGGCAACAACCGUUGAUUCUCACUUCCACCGGGGCCCAACCGCAAGUGGUCGUUGGAAAGGUGAUGACACACUUGCCGCCUGGCAUCAACUUGGGUUCAUUGCCACCUGGUACUCAUCAGGUCGUCAUUGUUGAUCAGCCACCUCCUCCUGCUCCCCCUCCGCCACCUCCAAAGCCUGUGAUCACCAAGAUGCCGGCCGCCGAGUGCGAGAAACGCCUAGCCGAGCGACAAGAAACGCGUGCCACCCGGUUACGCAGCUUCUUUGACGAUAUGACCGAGCGGAUAGGGCAACCGGAAAGCGAGCGGCCCUUCUCGUCGCUGAAGGACGUCGUGGAGCGCUUGUUACCAUACGGACUGAGCGACGAGCCGCCGCUCAAGCCUGAAUAUGAAGCCGAGUUUGACAACAACCUGAUGCGAAGUUUCCUGAACCUCUCGAUGAAGCAGGACAACCUGAUGAAACGCGUGGGCCGGGCAUUUUUGCAAGAGUCACAGCGCGAGUGCAACAUGCAAGAAAAGAACCUACUGCUCUACCUCGACCACGAAUAUGAGCGGCGGAAAUUUGAGGCGGAAAAGGCGUUGACCAAGGAGGAAAAUGGGCAUGAAAGGCUCAUCGAGUCCUCAACUCUCAUCCCGGCGCUGCGAGAAGCUGGCAUUUCCGACCCAAAGGCUGUGGCCCGCGGACGUGGGGGACCGGCACCGCAACGGCCCAGUGUGUUCUCCCAAGCGCAGGCCUACGAGUACUACGAUUUUGAUGAUGUCCCCUCAACGGCACCCCGGCCACCUCCAUCGCCGUCUCCACCACCUUUUGAAAGGAUGCCGUCCCCUUCUCCAUCUUUAUCAUCGAUGCUGUCCUCUCCCUCCUCGUCGGUUCGCUUUUCCAGUCGAAGGUCUUCCAUCUCCCCGGAGAAAGCCGUCAAGGAGAUCAGACGGGAACCACCGCCGAGGUUGCCAGUUGUGCGCGUGCCGCCCCCGAUGCCGAAGGUGUUGGCGCAGAAGCAGGAAAAAGUGCCGAAAGAGGAGCCGCCCACGCCCAAGCUUGAUCGGCUCGAGAAGCCCGUUCCGGCCGUGAAGCCGAAAAUGGCUGAAAAGGCUGUGAAGGUGGAGAAAGCGAUCAAAGUUGAAGCUGCUUCCACGCCCCGAUCCCCGUCGGUCGCCAAGCCCGCGCCGGUGCUGCGUGUUGAGAAAGCCGAGGAGAGCAAUAUUAAGACCAUUCGCUCACCUCGCGCAUCUUAUCCGCAGCCGCUGAAGAUGCGGGCGAAGGCCCACGACCGCAAGGAGCGCGAGGAGGACAAGGUUGAGGUGGCGCCGCCGACAAUCCUGAAGAAGACGACGGCCUGGGAGCAGACCAAGGCCCAGCAAGCGCUCGCCCUGCAGGAGACGAUCCGUGCCGCGUCGAUGCCCAUCAAGAAGCCGGUUCCAAAGCCAACACCACCACCCCCUGAGCCCGUCGUCUCACCACUGAAAAUUCAACCACGCGUGUGCCGGACAGAGUCCAACCUCGAAGAAGAGGCUUCAGACGACGAUCGCGGAUCGGUGUCACCCGAACUUGGCGAGGCUCCACCCCCUGCUGUCAUAGCGCCGAAGCCGAUGCUCGUCCCACCGAAGCCCAAGAUUGUCCCCAUCCGCUUGCCACCACCGCGCCCUAACCGGAUACGCGUCAAGGAUGAGGCCAAGGCCGAGAAAAGUGGAGCGACGCCAGAACCAGCUCGAAUUCCACCAACCCCUGCGGUUAAGGAGGAAAAGCCGGCCGAAGAACCACCAAAGGUCCAACAACCCGUCCCGAUCAAAUUAAAGCUGAAGCUCGGCAACAUGGUCGAAGAGGUGGUGAUCGCGAAACCACCGGGCCCCCGAUACACCGCCGCGUUUGUGCACGAACUGCGCCGGAAACAGAAGCUCGAGAAGAAAGAGAAGAAAAAGAAAAAGAAGGAAAAACGAGAGCGGGAAAGGCUUGAGAAAGAAAAAGCAGCGCGGGUUGUGGAAGACUACGGCAAAGACCAGAACCAGCCGCCGCUGCUCAACGGGACGCACUCGUGGAAUGGAAAGCACCACUACGACGACGAGCCGUGCUGCUCGAAAUCGCUGAGCCCGGAGCUGCCCGCAGCCAACACGAGCGGCACGCUGGUGUUCAAGAUCAACCCAAAGAGCCUAAAAAUGCAUGCUGUUUCGCCAUCCUCUCGCUCGAACUCGCCCGCCGUCUCGUCGAGACCAUCAUCAAGAUCAAAUUCUUCUCUGAAGAUCCGUACCUCACUAGGCAAUAGUCGAGGCGCGUCACCGGCAAUUCCGCUUUUAAAAAUACAACGAGAUUCUCCGUCGGAACCUGCCGUGCCAAAACUACGGAUAUCGCUCAAGUUGCCGAGGCCGGAGGUCAAGGAGGAGCUGAAGCCCGUCGAGCCCGAAAGGUUGAAGCGCCCUGAGCCACCGACAAAUGGCCACGUAGUGGAACCAACACCACCAAAGCUUCCGCGCCUGAAGCUCAGCCUCGGCGCGUUGAAGCUGCCUGCCCCGGAGCCCGUCGUGCCUGUGCCCGAGCCCGUUGUCGCGAAGCAGAUUCCGGCACCCAUCAUAACGCCACCGAAGAAGGUGCAGCCGAUCAAACUCGCCGCCAAGCUCCCGCCCGCCCGGGUUGCCCAGCCUGUCAAGCAGCAGCCACCUCCACCGCCGAUACAAAGAGCAUCCGACUGCGGCCGAGCGCCCUUCACGAGACCGAGCCCGCCACCCGUCCAAAGAACGGCUCCCAAAACGCCGGUCAAGUUGGACGAGCCCGUUUCGGUGAACCCGUUAGUGGCUCUCCGCAACGCUUCCCGACAAGUCACAGCCCAGCAAAUCUUCGGAAACCCCGGCCGCCCUCACUUCAAGAGCACCGGACCGCGGCCGAAACCCGCCACCGCACGCCGACCUUCCUCGCCCAAGGCUCCAGCGCCCGUACCACGGCUACCCGCGGCUCGACCACCACAACAGCCCGUGGUUCGGACGCCGGUGGUUGCGCCGCGAGCUCCCGCCCAGCCACAGGGUGACGUUGCUUUCUCGGAUGAUGAUGAAGACGACGCCGCCGACACCACCACCGCGCCAGCAGAAGAUCAUCUCGAAGAUAUGCUGGCCACCUGGGGACUAACAUCCAACGUCCCGAUGCAACAAAAUAGCAUGAAGAACGCCAACGGCUACAUG